AUGUCUUCAACAACAACUCAAACAAUAACACAACGAGGGCUCGUCUAUACCAAAAUGGAAAAGGACGAUUUCUUGAAGGAUAAAAUCAUUGAACACUUCAGCCAACUCACUCUUGAUCCCGACUUCCAGAAAGCAUCAGCGACUUAUAGUCAGAUCAAAGAGCAGCAGGAGCAAAUCCGGAUUCGAGAUGCAAAGCUCGCUAAAUUGGAGAAAGAUUUUAAAGCUCAGGAAGGGAACAAAGUGCUUGCGCUUAGCGAAUUGUCCGCAGUGAAUCAAGUGCUGACCACUCAAAAGGGAGAGGCAGAAACUAAAAAUUCUUCUCUUCGAAAAGAAGCUACAGAAAGAGAGAAGUCUCUGACUGAGGUCUCUCGAAGGAUCAAGGAGCUUCAGAGCCAGAUACAGGCGCAGCUGUUGGAAAAAUCUUCGGAUGAAAAAAAUAUGAACUCAAUGGUUGAGAAACACAAUCUUGACAUUGAUUCUCUUCAAAGAAGACUUAAAGAAAGCGAUGGGGUAACCGGCAACAUAAAGGCUACCAAUGUAAACCUAACAAGUCUCCUUGCCGUUGAGAAGACAAAGACUGGCCGUCUCGAAGAAGAGAAGAAGUCUCUCGAUGAAGAGAUGCAAAAGGCUCGCAGUCGACUUGAAAAGCUCGAUGGCUUUAUAUUUGAAUCUCACAAAGUUGAUGAACAGUCAAUAAUGGAUGAUUUUUCAGGCCUGUGGGGUUAUGCCAAAAAUGAGAUUUGGACCGUCUUACGGCAGGAUUUGAGCGAAGAGAAUCUCAGAAACGAAAGACCUUGGAAAAAACUUAGACUGGGUGCUGAUGAUGCUUUCCGAGAUGGAGCUAUCCACGGACAGUCUGUCCCUCUGUGUGCUUCGAACUCUGAUGCUGCGAAGGGAAUGCGACUGGCUGUGAUGUUGGCCAUUUUAUCCAGGGAGAUUGAUAAGGAGAUUUUUCAGCCGAAUUACUUUCCGUCCGACACCGGCCAUUUCAGGAUGAGCUUGAACAAGCUUGUACAAAGCGACAACGAAAAAGAACAUUUUUAUCGCUCCGUGUUGCUAUCUAUCGAUCGCGACGCGCAGGGGGCUGAACUUCAGUCCAGAGUCAAGUGUGUUGUUCAAAAAGUGUCCUGCUAUCUCGAGGAGCUUCUUUCAACUGCCCAGUAUGCUGAGCUUAAAGAGAAAAUAAAGAAUGUGGUUGACAGGGCAACCGAAGUGUGGCAUCCUAUCCAGCAGGCUACGAAGAGAUACGAGACAGAAUUUCAUCCUAUCGAUUGGGUCCACGAUGAGGAUGAGCUGUUCCAGUAUCCCAUCGGUGACAACUCAAUUGCGGCAGAUGUUCCAUAUGACCACCUCUUUGUGAUUUUUCCAGGAUUGUCUUCCUUGGAGGAGAAUGUUUUCAUCUUGACGUCUGUUAUUCCGCUCCUUAGUUCGCAGAGAUUAUGUCUUGUUGCGAAAGAAGAGCUGAGGGAAGCAGUUCGAGGAAAAUCUAGCUCCACGGCCAAACAAGGCAAUCGUAAGCGGCAAAACUCUGUUGCCAUAGCCCAACCACAGCAAAAUGGGCGCAGUUUUUUAGGGGGGUACUCCCGCGAAGACUCGGGCAAUUAA